AUGGGAAACCCUAAAUCAAUCUUGGAUGCAAAGGACGUGAAAAACCCUAGGGUUUUCUUCGAUAUAGAGAUCGACGGUGUGCAUGCAGGCCGUAUAGUAAUCGAACUUUUCGCCGACAUCAGUCCCAAAGCCGUGGAGAAGUUUUGGGCACUCUAUGACGGUCAGAACGGUGGGCCAUGGGCUCGCUACACUGAUUAUUCCAGUACUAUUCGAGACGUAUAUUUUUUCGAAGCCGGACCAAAUUUUUACCUAAGACUGUCAAAGACAUGGGGGGUUGUGUCUGGAAAAGUUUUGGAUGGAGUUGAUGUAGUGAAGGCUCUUGAGAGUGUUAGAGUGAUUUACAGGUAUGGCCGCAAAGGCAUGGUACUAAGGACCACGAUUGAGCCUGUAAUUAGGGUUACGUGUGGGCAGCUUAGUGAUCAGUCAUUGAAAUAUCAUAAUUUGAAGAAUUAUGGACCUAGAUAUCACAAUUUGAUCAAAGGGUCUAAUGUGCCUCAUGAAUAUGUGUACCGAUCAGGUCAGGGGAAGGAUCAUAAGCGUCGCUCUGUGUUUGGAUUGUCUUGUCGUUAUUCUUCUCUUGGUGUGGUGGAUCUGUUGAAUAGGAUGUUGGAGUCCAAGGCCUUCAUGGCUUUUAUCUUUGGAGGGGAAAACUGA